AUGGCGACCGCUGCAAUCCAUAAUGUCUCAGACGAGACCCUCCCCAAGGAUCCCGUGUCCAUAACGACCAACCCAAUCGUGGAUGCCACACCCGAAUCUACCGAAGCGGAUACUGGUCCUUCUGAGAAAUCCAAGAAGAAGAAGAACAAGAAGAAGAACAAAAAGAAGAACAAGUCUGUUUCGGAACCAGCCGCCGGUACAGAGGAGGCUACUCUCGGUGAUGACCAGGAAAAGGAACCAGUCGAAGAGGAAUCUGCUCCUACCGCAGUGACAGAAGAGGCUCCCGCAACAUCUGAGGCUGAGAAACCGGCCGAAGAAUCUGUUCCCGAGCCCGCUGAAGAAUCCAAACCCGUCGAGCCUGCAUCUGAGCCAGUCACCGAGACCGCUUCUGAAGAGCCUGUUGCUGAGAGUACCCCGGCAACUAAUGGUGACUCUCACGAAGCUCCAGCUGAAACCGAACCCGAAAUCGAAGCACCAGCUCCUGUGUCCGUCGAAGAAACCAAGGUAGCAGAAGAUACCCAGGAUGUGGCCAACGCCGAAACUACCGUCGAGCCCACUCCCACCGAAUCUGUUGACGAGACUCCAGCUGCUGCCCCAGAAGCUCAACCUACCGAGGAACCCGAGACUACAGUGACUGAGAAGACUGAGGAGACAGCUCCAGAACCCGCUAAGGACGAGCCUGUCGAGGAAUCUAAGGCUGUCGACCCCACACCUGAACCGGUUACUGAAGAAGUUUCUGAGGAUACGACUACUGAGACUGCCGCCGAGACUACAGCGGAGCCCGUGGAAACUGUCGCCGAAGUCCCAGCUACCGAAACCGUUGAGGAAACUGCCAAGACUGAAGACGCCCCUAAGGUGGAAGAGAACGCCGAAGCUGUUUCUACUACAGAGACACCCGCCGAGGAAUCUACCCCUCAGCCAGCUGUCGAAGAGUCAAAGACCGAAGAGACUGUUCCUGAGCCAACCAAGGAGGAAGCCGCUCCUGAAUUCACCACCGAAAGCGUUGCUGAGCAUGUUUCUGAACCUGCCAAGAUCACCGAGGCAGCACCCGCCGUCGAAGCCGCUGAAGAAGUCGCCAAACCCGAGGAAAUUACACCUGAGGUUGCAUCGGAAGAUUCUACCGUCGAAGCUACCAAAGAGGAAGCGGCAAAGGACGCCCCUGUUGAGCAUGAGUCUUCAACUGAAAUCGCAUCUGAGCCCGUCGAGGCGGCUGUGGCUGAAGAGCCUACCGCCGAGAAGGCCGCGGAGGUUGUUCAAGACGCCCCUCAAGAGGAACCAGCUACCAGUGAGAUUUCUGAGACUGUCGUGACUGAGAAGCCCGUAGAGGAAGUCACUGCUCCUGAGACUGUAUCCGAGCCCGUUGUCGAAGCCCCAGCUACCCCUGCAGCUGAGGAGAAGACGGAGGAGGAGAAGGUUGAGGAGACCGAGCCUGUUGUUUCUGAGGAGCCCGUUGCUGAGAAGGCCGUCGAAACCGAGACUGUUCCCGAGGAACCUGUCAAGGAAGAGACUCCCGUUGAACAGCCUGCCUCUGAAGAAUCUCCCGCCGAUGUCCCAGCUACUGAGCAGCCUGCCGUUGAAGAGGUUACCACCACCGACAAGCCCGAUUUCGUUGAGGAGCAAGUCAAGGAAGAACCUGUUGUUGAGCAGGCCGCUGUUGAGGAUGCCCCUAAGGAGGAAGCUGUUGCUGAGCCCGUCGCUGAGCCCGUCGCUGAGCCCGUCGCUGAGCCCGUCGCUGAGCCCGUCGCUGAGCCCGUCGCUGAGCCCGUCGCUGAGCCCGUCGCUGAGCCCGUUGCCGAAGUGGUCAAGGAGGCUGAGAAGCCCGAAACCGAGGAGCCCGCUCAAGUCGAGUCUAAGGAGGAGGUUACACCCGAAAAUGAGAUCUCCGCUGAAGCUGUGACUGAGGAUAAGGCUGCCGAGGAGGUUUCUGACGCUCCUGUUACCGAAGCUACUGAGCCUGUCGCUGCACCUGCUGUUGAGGAGAAGCCAGUUGAAGAACAACCAGUCGUGGAGUCUACUGAAGAGACUACUCCAGAGCCUGUCGUGGAAACACCCGCCGAGGUUGAGCACAAGGAAAUUGUUGAAGAGGCCCCUGUUGCUCUUGCUGAGACCACCACUGAAGAGGCUCAGCCUGAGGCUACCCCGGAGCCAGCUGUUGUGGAAACUCAGCCUGAGACAGAGGUUACUGAGCCUGUUUCCGAAGAAACCCCUGUCCCGGUCGCUGAAGCUCAGGUUGAAGAACCUACUGUUUCUGCUGUUCCUGAGGCUGCUGUCCUCGCAGAGGCCCCGGCUGUCAUCGAGGCUACAUCUGUCCCCGAAGAGACCAAGACUGAAGAGCUUCCUGCUGCUACAUCCGCUGUUGUGGAAACUCAGCCCGAGACAGAGGUUACUGCGCCUGUUUCCGAAGAAACCCCUGUCCCGGUCGCUGAAGCUCAGGUUGAAGAACCUACUGUUUCUGCUGCUACCGAGGUUCCUGAGGCUGCUGUCCUUGCAGAGGCCCCGGCUGUCAUCGAGGCUACAUCUGUCCCCGAAGAGACUAAGACUGAAGAGCUUCCUGCUGCUACUCCCACUGUUGUGGAUGAGCCUAUUGAGAAGGCUGCUCCUGUUGAAGAGCCAGUUGCAGAGCCAGUUGCAGAGCCAGUCGCCGAGGUGACUACCGCUGAAGAGCCUGUCACCGAGGCUCCUGCUGCUGAAGAAUCAACCAUCCACGAGCCUGUGGCUGAGGCUGUUAAGCCUGAUGAGUCUGCUGUUGAAGAAGCUACUCGGGAGGUUGAGCCGAUUGCUACGGAAGCUACUGAGUCUAAGCCUGAAGAGCCAACUGAGGUUAAGGAGGAAUUCAAGGAGGACGUCGCUACCCCUGAAGCUGUUGUAGAGGAUUCAACCCCUGCAGUCGUUGCUGAUGUGGAGCCUUCUACCGAGGCUGCUGUUCCCGAGACUCCUGCUGCCGAAGCUGCUCCUAUUGCUGAGGAGACUCCUGUAGUCGAAGCAGUUCCUGUUGAGGAGACUCGUGCCGUUGAGGAGACUCCUAUCGCCGAAUCGGCUGCUGUUGAAGAGGCUUCUGUCCCUGAAGCAGCUCCUGUCGUUGAGGAGACACCAGCUGUUGAGACUCCUGUUGCCGAAGCUGCCCCUGUUGUCGAAGCUGCCCCUGUUGUUGAGACACCUGUUGUCGAAGCUGUCCCUGCUGUCGAAGCUGCUGCUGAGGAUACUCCCGCCGCCGAGAAAGCUCCUACCGUCGAGGAAGCUCCUACCGUCGAGGAAGCUCCUACCGUCGAGGAAGCUCCUACCGUCGAGGAAGCUCCUACCGUCGAGGAAGCUCCUACCGUCGAGGAAGCUCCUACCGUCGAGGAAGCUCCUACCGUCGAGGAAGCUCCUACCGUCGAGGAAGCUCCUAUCGUUGAAAAGGCUGUUGUUGCCGAUGAGACCCCUGUUGUCGAAGAGACCCCAGCCGUCGAAGAGAACCCAGCCGUCGAAGAGACCCCAGCCGUCGAAGAGACCCCAGCCGUCGAAGAGACCCCAGCCGUCGAAGAGACCCCAGCCGUCGAAGAGACCCCAGCCGUCGAAGAGACCCCAGCCGUCGAAGAGACCCCAGCCGUCGAAGAGACCCCAGCCGUCGAAGAGACCCCCGCUGUUGAGGCUCCCGUCGCUGAGGAGACACCCGCUGCUGAGACUCCUGUUGUCGAGAAGGCUCUUGUUGGCGAAGAGGCCCCUGUUGUUGAAGAGGCUCCUGUUGCUGAGGCUCAUGUCGCUCCCGUCGUCGAAGAGACUCCUGUUGUUGAAGCUCCUGUUGCCGAAGAAGUCCCUGUUGCGGAGACUACCGAGGCUGAAGCUGAACCUGUUACGCAAGAAAUUAGCCGUCCACACUCCGCAGAAAGCGAUGUGUAUGGCGCGCUGCUUACUGGCCUACGUCCACAGACGGCUUGGACACCAAGCCCUGCUGGUCAGGAAGAGUCUGUUGCCGAGGAAGAGACUGUGACGAAGGAUGUACCUGCAUCGGAUGAGGCAGUAGCAAAUGAGGCUGAGCAUGCCUCUCAUGAUGAGCCCGCUGAAGAGUCUAAGCAAGAAAGUGUUUUGACCCCAGAAGCCAUCACUGCCGGAGUUGCUGCCGCUGGCCUCGCUACUGGUGUUGCUGCUGUCGCUGCCACACACGAAUCCGAAAAUAAGACCGAAGAUAAUACUAAGAGCGAGACUCCUGCUGAAGUGCAGCCUGAAGACCGUAAGCCUUUGCUGUCGAUUCCCGCGAAUAACGCAUCUGUGCCGUCCUUCGAAGCUGAUCCGGAUCUUGCAGCGCUCGCUGGCGAUCGUGAAGCCCUUCUCCGCAAACUCAACUUGCCCUCUACCGACCAGCUGACCGCCGCUGUAACUGCCCAAUCUGCUGCCACCGAUGACAACAAAGCUCAGACAGCUCCUGAGGCUCAACCCGCCUCCGAGUCGAGCAAGAAGCCCACUGCCGCCCCGGGUAGCACCCUGGAAAUCCCCUCCGGUACUGCACCAACAAAUGGAGAUGAAGAUGCUCGCCCACCGAGCCAGAGCCGGUCAGUGACUGCUCUUUCUAUGAAUAAUGCACCUGACAAUUGGCUCAAGGUACUCUUGCGCACGGUCUUCAAAAGCAUUGGACGGAUCAUCCGUCCUUGGUCCUGGGGCAAGAAAUAG